AUGGCAGAAUUUGACGAUGACAUGUUACUCGAAAAUCUGCGAGAGUUACUUCGCAACCUCCCAACAGGCAGUCGUACUGGCCCUAGAUCGAAGUCGGAUGAAUUCAAGGUUUCAGAACUUCCGGAAUUCGUUGGUGGUACCAACCCGGAAGAUUACCUAGAUUGGGAAAGGAGAAUCGAUCGCUUGUUCGAUUUUAAGGACCUUAGUGACGAGAAGAGAUGCAAGUACGCUCUUUUGAGAUUAAGCAAAAGUGCUUCACUGUGGUACGAAGGUUUGAAGGCCAAGCGGUCCCGCGCCGGAAAGGAGAAAUUGACAUCGUGGGAGUCAUUAAAACGCAAGUUGAGAAAAAGGUAUGUACCGGCUACUCAUAAACUGAAUGUCUAUCGUAAAAUCGCGGAUUUGGUUCAAGAAAAAUUAAGCGUUGCCGAGUACAUAGACGAGUUUGAAAAGUUAAUCCUAAUGGGGGAAUUGGAGGAGAAUGAGGAACAAAAAAUGUCACGUUUUCUUCGUGGUUUAAACCGUAGCAUUGCCAAUUCUGUCGAGUUAUACCCGUAUUCGGAUUUUGAUGGUUUGUGUAAUUUAUGCGUCAAAAUCGAGGCCCAGAGUAAGUACAAAUCAGGGUUUUCGGGUAGGGACCACAGCAGCCCAAAUACAAAUCCCAAAUCUGUUACCCCUCCUAAAACCACCUUUACCCCAAACUUAAACAGCCCGAACAAAGCCACGCCCAAAAACUCCGAGUCGGGAAAGGAGACCUGUUUGUCGAGGGUACGGUGUUUCAAGUGCCAGGGGAUCGGGCAUUUUCAAAGUGCGUGCCCUAACAAGAGGGUAGUUACAUUACGGGAGGCUAGGGAGUGUCUUGAGGAGUUGGCCGAGGAAGAGGAGCGAUUGGGAGGUGUGUUUAAUUUUGAUGUACGUGAGAAAGACGAGGAGGAGGAGGAGGAUUAUGAGGCCCCUGUGUAUGAUACCCUGUUGGUUCUCCGUUCUUUACAAGUUCAGACCGAGUCUGUUGAUUCGGAUCAACGGGAACAAUUGUUCCUCACCAAGUGCCAAGUCAAUAACAAGUGGUGUAGCGUGAUUAUAGACGGUGGGAGUUGUACUAAUGUGGCUUCGGAAGGGAUGGUUUCCAAGUUGGGUUUGUCCACUGUCGCGCAUCCUAAACCUUAUGCGCUUCAUUGGCUGAACGAUGGAAAUAGUGUGAAGGUGACUAGGCAGGCUCGAGUAGGCUUGUCGAUGGGCUCUUAUACCGAUGAGGUGCUUUGUGACGUAAUCCCUAUGGAUGCCUGUCACGUUUUCUUAGGGAGGCCAUGGCAGUUUGAUCGUGAUGUUGUACAUCGAGGAAGAAGCAAUGAGUACGUGUUGAGGGACAAGGGUAAGAGAAUUGUAUUAAAACCCAUGUCGUCUCAGGCUAUUCGGUCUAUGAGCACUAAGAAGAAGAAGGCAACUAUGAUGAUUAAGGAGAGGGAUAUUGAACGAGCUAUUGAUCGAGGAGAGUGUAUUUAUCUCCUCUUAGCCAAGGAGGAAUCGGCGUUGGACCGGGGACUGCCGACUGACAGUCCAAUCAAUGAGUUGCUACGGGAAUUCGCGGAUGUCUUUCCCGACUCUUUACCACCGGGUUUGCCGCCUAUUAGGGGGAGCGAACAUCAAAUUGACCUUGUUCCCGGGGCAUCAUUACCCAACAAGGCUGGUUAUAAAUGUAACCCAGAGGAGUCUAAAGAGCUUCAAAAACAGAUUAAUGAACUGAUAGAGCAUGGGUAUGUUCGGGAGAGUAUGAGUCCUUGUGCGGUUUCGGUCUUACUCGUACCAAAAAAGGAUGGGUCGUGGCGAAUGUGCGUCGAUUCAAGGGCGAUCAACAAUAUCACGAUAAAAUAUCGGUUCCCAAUUCCUCGACUAGAUGACUUGCUUGACGAGCUCCAUGGCUCUAAAAUAUUUUCUAAGAUCUAUUUACGUAGCGGGUAUCAUCAAAUCCGUAUGCGUGAAGGGGACGAGUGGAAAACCGCUUUCAAGACUAAGUACGGGUUGUAUGAGUGGACCGUCAUGCCUUUUGGUCUCACUAAUGCCCCGAGUACGUUUAUGCGUCUAAUGAAUGAAGUAUUGAAGGCCUUUUUGGGCAAAUUUGUGGUCGUCUAUCUCGACGAUAUUCUAGUUUAUAGUCGGAAUUUAGAGGCACACCUUGAGCAUCUUAGAAUGGUUUGCGAAAAGCUGAGGGAGCAGAAGCUAUAUGGGAAACGCGAGAAAUGUUCUUUCUUGGUAGAAAAAGUGUUGUUCUUGGGCUACGUGGUGUCGGAAAAAGGGGUGGAGGUCGACCAGUCCAAGGUCGAUGCAAUACGAACCUGGCCAUCGCCUAGUUCGGUCACGGAGGUAAGGUCUUUUUUGGGUCUUGCUUCUUUUUACCGCCGGUUUAUUCGAGACUUUAGUACUAUUGCAAGUCCAAUGACGGAAUGCCUUAAAAAGGGGGCGUUUAUGUGGGGAAAGGCUGCCCAAGCUUCAUUUGAUUUAUUAAAGGAGAAGUUAUGUCAGGCACCCGUGUUAGCCUUACCCGAUUUUUCACAACCGUUUGAGGUUGAAUGUGACGCUAGCGGGGUCGGUAUCGGGGCUGUUUUGAGGCAAGGAAAUCGACCGAUGACUUUCUUUUCGGAGAAGUUGGGGGGUGCGCGUUUGAAGUAUUGUACCUAUGACAAGGAGUUUUACGCCAUUGUUAGAGCACUCAUGUAUUGGAGUCAUUACUUACGUCCGAAUCAUUUUGUUUUACAUUCCGAUUACGAGUCUUUGAAAUACAUCAACGGGCAGCAAAAUUUGAGUCCUCGGCAUGCCAAGUGGGGAGAAUUCUUACAGGCUUUUCAUUUUUCUGCUAAGUACAAGGAUGGUAAGACUAAUAUCGUGGCUGACGCAUUAUCGCGGCGGUAUUCUUUAAUUUCCAUGCUUAAUACCCGGUUACUUGGGUUUGAAAUGUUGAAAGCUCAUUAUGAAAAUGAUGAGUAUUUUGGGGAGUUAUUUAGCAAAGGCUUGGUUGGAGUUACGGGAGAGUUCAUCAUUCAAGAUGGAUUCCUUUUUAAAGGAAACCGUCUUUGUGUUCCAAGACACCCAAUUCGGAUUGUUGGUACGUGA